ACUCAGUGUCUAGCCACUAGGUUGGUGGACAUGUUUGCUCAACACUGCAAUCUUUUUGGGAGAGCCAGUGUGGAUGGGAGAGGGACCAGAGAUAGGAGGAUGUAUGUUCGCCUUCCAUCUGAGAGUGAUGAAGGACGAAGGAAGUGGACUUGGAGAAUGUGGAGGGCUGGAAGAAGUGUAUCACCCACUGUACCUGAUCUACAUGAGAAUGAGUUGAAAAUGGAAGUGGAGAGGCUGACCACAGAGGUGUACCUCCUUACCCAGAAGAGAAAGGAAAUGAGCGAUUACCUGAUAGCUUUCAAAGAGGGAUCCAUGGACAAGAGGACCAGGCCCUUGGAGAAACUAAAUCCAUUCUAUGAACUACUGAAAUUAAAGAACAUGAAGGUCAGGUCCUCUGUUUACAAAUCAUUGUCGAAGUUAAUUGAGGCCCAAGAGAACAUGGACAAGCUCAAUCAAGAGAUAAACUUCUAUUCAAACCUACAUAGCCAGCUCAUGGUGGAGAAGAAUCUUAAUAUGUCCGUCACACAGAAGCAGGAGAGCGAGAAAGUACAGAUUGCUCUGGCUCUCAUUGAGAAAUAUUUGGUUGACUUGAACCUGAAUGGUAAAGACGAACAGGAGCAGACCAGCAACCAUGAGACCCAACAACUUCAGGACUCAGAGACUCCACCAAGAGCUGAAAUGUCCACAUCCCAGGAAGAGAGCCUCCUGCACAAUGAGUUUCCACCUCAGGAGCCCCCUGCUGAACUCCAUGCCCAAUAUCCACAGUCUACCUUGGAUUAAUCUUAUUUCAUUCAGUACAAUUACGCAGUGUGAAUAGGAGGAAGACAGUGAGCCAGCUGAUUCAGGUGUUGUUCCCUUUCCUGUUCUGGCAACACCCCUUGAGUGAGGACUGAGGUGACUGCCCCACCAACAGCAGUCCAAGAGGAGAUACAGGCUGUAGAUCUGUACUUCUUAAUAUGCAGUAAAAGGGUGCUGAUGGACAAUCA